CACAAGCCGUUCUGCAGGCAUGUUUCGUGGCAGUAAAAGUGUGCACCUCGCACGAGGCCCAGGGCUUACAGACAUACCUCAUGCCAGUCAGAGCAACAGCAGUGUCAAGUAUCUCGGAGACAGGGGGCCUGCAGUCACGCUGGACUGGAUCAACAGCAAAAACAUGAAGUUUCUGAGCGCAGCAAACCACAGAGAGUCGUUCCAGCUGCAGAAGCUGAGCCAGGCCCUGGACAGCAGCGAGAGGCUGGAGAAGAGCUGCUGGCGGCGGGAGGAGAGGAAGGUCAGAAAGGCCCUGAAGAAGCUGGUCCGCCCGCACAGGUUCCAGAGCCAGACCCAGUUCCAGAGAAUGAGCAGGGACUCAGAUGUGGGCGGCUGGGAUGUCCUGACCCCUGAUGCAGUUUCCCUGGACACCCAGGAGGGGGAGUACUCGCCCUGCUUCUCCCGGUCCCCGCACAGCACUGCCUGUAGGCCCCAGCAUGGCUUGAGCAGCUCUCAGACCUUCAGCCAGCUGGGCAUGUCUCCGAGCGCCCACAAGUGCCAGCCCCCAGCGGGCAUGAGAGCCACAGCCAGAGCCAGCCAGCAGCUGGACAGCCCCCAUGCCUCUCUGAUCGGCAGACACCUCAGGUCAUCGUGCCAGCUCAGCCAGGCGGCCAGCAGGACCAGCUUCUGUCCUGAGAACACAUGCUCCGUGCCCCACCUGCCCGGACUGGCUGCCCGGCCCAGCUCUCAGCUGUCCCCAGACCUGCGCUGCUUCCAGGACGCCAUGAUGGGCUACACCACCCUGCAGAGGAGAGUCAGGGACCUGCAGACUCAGGCCCGGUCCACAGAGCACCAAGCACAAAGAGCCACAGCACUGCACCCCCUGGAGGCCCUCAGCUGCAGGUACCUGAGGCUGACCGACAGCAAUAUCCGCACACUGCUGGAGCAGUGCCGGGACUGCGGGAUCCACGUGGACAUCCAUCCGCACAUGAAGGACUCGGAGAUCGACAUCGGCACCAUCUUCCAGAGCUCCCCCACGCCCCCCCCUGCCCCCAACAACCCCCAUCUUCCAUUUCUCAAGCUAGGGGCUGGUGAUUUAAAACCUUAAAGAUACAGGAUGUGA